AUGGCGGAGCCGAGCGGCUCCCCCGUGCACGUCCAGCAGCCCCAGCAGGCGGCUCCGGUGACAGCGGCGGCAGGGCCAGCCCCGGCGGCCGCAAUCGGCUGGCCCAUCUGCAGGGACGCGUACGAGCUGCAGGAGGUUAUCGGCAGUGGAGCAACUGCUGUGGUUCAGGCGGCUCUUUGCAAACCUAGGCAAGAACGUGUAGCAAUCAAGCGGAUCAACUUGGAAAAAUGCCAGACCAGUAUGGAUGAACUAUUAAAAGAAAUUCAAGCCAUGAGUCAGUGCAGCCACCCCAACGUAGUGACCUAUUACACCUCUUUUGUGGUGAAAGAUGAACUUUGGCUGGUUAUGAAAUUGCUAAGUGGAGGUUCUAUGUUGGAUAUCAUAAAAUACAUCGUAAACCGAGGAGAACACAAGAACGGCGUUCUGGAAGAGGCAAUAAUAGCCACGAUUCUUAAAGAAGUUUUGGAAGGCUUAGAUUAUCUACACAGAAAUGGUCAGAUUCACAGGGAUUUGAAAGCUGGAAAUAUUCUUUUGGGUGAGGAUGGUUCAGUACAAAUAGCAGAUUUUGGGGUAAGUGCAUUCUUAGCAACAGGGGGUGAUGUUACCCGGAAUAAAGUCAGAAAAACUUUUGUUGGCACCCCAUGUUGGAUGGCCCCCGAAGUCAUGGAACAGGUGAGAGGUUAUGACUUCAAGGCAGACAUGUGGAGCUUUGGAAUAACUGCCAUUGAAUUAGCAACAGGAGCAGCGCCUUAUCACAAGUACCCGCCCAUGAAAGUGUUAAUGUUGACUUUGCAGAAUGAUCCACCCACUUUGGAAACAGGAAUAGAGGAUAAGGAAAUGAUGAAAAAAUACGGCAAGUCCUUUAGAAAAUUACUUUCACUCUGUCUUCAGAAAGAUCCUUCCAAAAGGCCUACAGCAGCAGAACUUUUAAAAUGCAAAUUCUUCCAGAAAGCCAAGAACAGAGAGUACCUGAUUGAGAAGCUGCUUACAAGAACACCAGACAUAGCCCAAAGAGCCAAAAAGGUAAGAAGAGUUCCAGGGUCAAGCGGUCACCUUCAUAAAACCGAAGACGGUGACUGGGAAUGGAGUGACGAUGAGAUGGAUGAAAAGAGUGAAGAAGGGAAAGCAGCUUUUUCUCAAGAAAAGUCACGAAGAGUAAAGGAAGAAAAUCCCGAGAUCGCAAUGAAUGCCAGCAGUAUUCCGGAGCAAAUCCAGUCUCUUUCUGUGCAGGACUCUCAGGGCCAACCCAAUGCUAGUGAAGACUACAGAGAAGCUUCUUGUGUUGUGAACCUCGUUUUAAGAUUAAGAAACUCCAGAAAGGAACUUAAUGACAUACGAUUUGAGUUUACUCCAGGAAGAGAUACGGCAGAUGGCGUUUCUCAGGAACUCUUCUCUGCGGGCUUGGUCGAUGGUCAUGAUGUAGUUAUAGUGGCUGCUAAUUUACAGAAGAUUGUAGAUGAUCCCAAAGCAUUAAAAACAUUGACAUUUAAGUUGGCUUCUGGCUGUGAUGGAUCAGAGAUUCCUGAUGAAGUGAAACUGAUCGGGUUUGCUCAGCUGAGUGUCAGCUGAUGUAUGUCCCUUGAUGUCAGCCUUAUCUGUCAUGCCUCUCCUCACCACGAGCCCCUCAACCUUCCCUCUCCCUGCCCAACACCUCCUACCCCUUCACUCCCACUUCCCAGGAAAAUCAGAAGAUUGUGAAGAGGCCGGCUUAGACGAAAAUGGGAUAAAAAAAAUUUUUUUUUUUUUAAACUUUCAACACUCUGAGUUCUGCUUUAUUCUGUAGCAAUCCACAGUACGAGAACAAGCAAAUUCCACAGCUGCACGACUGUUGCUAAUUUUUCCAAAAGCUAUUUAACAUUCUUAGCAAUCAAUCUGGAUAUCCCUUAGGUGAAAAGAAUUUGAAAUACACUCAGGUGGUCCUAUUUAUUGGCAACAAAAAGAAUUUUCUAUCUGAAGCCUAUUUCUUCUUGCAUUGUUAUUCUUUCUGUUUUAAUACUUUGUCUAUCUGGCAAGACUGCCUCUUUUAUGUUGUAUUUAGAAAUUAAUAUACUUAUAAAAUUAAGAUUUAUUAGCC